GAGUUUGAAUCGGACUCGGGGGCUUUCUGCUGCCGGCGAGCAGAGCGGCGGCACAGCUCGGCGAGCGCGAGCAUCCGCGGCCCCGCGACCCGCCCCAGCAGCCUGGAUCCCGGCCGGCCUCCGGCCGCGAGCCUGCAGCCCCCAGCCCCACCGCGGUGCCCUCCGCGCCCCGGCGAGGCAGCCGAGGCCCCGCGCUGCGCCUCGGGCCGGCCGCGCCACCAUGUCCUCGACGGAGAGCUCCGGCCGCGCCGCGGACAAGUCGCCGCGCCAGCAGGUAGACCGCCUGCUCGUGGGGUUGCACUGGCGGCGGCUGGAGGAGCCGCUGGGCUUCAUCAAAGUUCUCCAGUGGCUCUUUGCUAUUUUCGCCUUUGGGUCCUGCGGCUCCUACAGCGGGGAGACAGGAGCAUUGGUUCGCUGCAACAAUGAAGCCAAGGACGUGAGCGCCAUCAUUGUUUUGUUCGGCUACCCCUUCAGGUUACACCGGGUCCAGUAUGAGAUGCCUCUCUGUGAUGAUGACUCCACCUCCAAGACCAUGCACCUCAUGGGGGACUUCUCUGCCCCUGCUGAGUUCUUUGUGACUCUUGGCAUCUUUUCCUUCUUCUAUACUAUGGCUGCCCUAGUCCUCUACCUGCGCUUUCACAAACUCUACACAGAGAACAAGCGUUUCCCACUGGUGGACUUCUGUGUGACUGUCUCCUUCACCUUCUUCUGGCUGGUAGCUGCAGCUGCCUGGGGCAAGGGCCUGAUGGAUGUCAAAGGGGCCACCCGGCCAUCCAGCCUGACUGCAGCCAUGUCUGUGUGCCAUGGAGAGGAAGCAGUGUGCAGUCCUGGAGCCACACCCUCCAUGGGGCUGGCCAACAUCUCUGUGCUCUUUGGCUUUAUCAACUUCUUCCUGUGGGCCGGGAACUGUUGGUUUGUGUUCAAGGAGACCCCGUGGCAUGGACAGGGCCAGGACCAAGGCCAGGGCUCCAGCCAGGAAAGUGCAGCUGAGCAAGGAGCUGUGGAGAAGCAGUAGGAAGCCCCCAUCUGGCUACUCCCGAACUGGACAGCACCUCUUCAACACCUCCGGCUUCCAGGGCCUCCCUCUUCCUCUUCCUCCAGCUCCCUCCCCCGACCCCAUCAUUCUGGGCUUUGGGCUUUGAGAUGUUGGAUAGGCAAACAUCAACUGUUGGAGACCUGGGCAGCCUCUCCUUUUGUUGGAGCCCCUAAUGGCAGUAGCUCACCGCUUCUUGACUACUGCCGGGACUCAUGUAUCUUACUUAGGGUCCUAGUUGUGCCCUCCCAGCCUGAGUACCAGCCUCUGCUGCAGGUAACAGCAGGGGACAGCAGAUCAGAGUUGUGAGACUGGUCCCUAACAGCUACUUUUCAAUCACCUGUCCACCCUUAAUGUCAGUGGGGGGAAGGAGUUCCUCCUGGUCCAUGUAGCCAGAGCCCAGGGCUUCUACCUUACUUCUCUGGCCUCUAUUUGCCCACAGAACCUACCAUAUGUGAAUCAGGGAGGCCAAAUAUCCUAGAAAAGGGCCCUAAGGUCCACGUGAGGCCUGGACUCACUCAACUGGAGCAGACAGACUGCAAAUGAAUUGCAACUUUAAGGAAGAAUGCCAGGAAACUCCCUGGCAGAUUUUUUUAAAUUCCGUGUGUCUCCCCUGACCCCAACCCCUCUGCUGGCGCACUAUCCACCAGCACACUAAACUCUGCUUACUAUAGAAAAUCCUUGCCUUUCUCCCUGUCCUUCUUGGAUUUGGUCUCAUGUCACACUUGGGACAUGAGAUGAGAGGCUAGGAGUACCUAGCCUCCCCCUAGCUCUCAGCCCAUCUCCCUUCCCCAGCCUCUUGGGUCUGAGGCAAGAUCCUUCUUGAAGUCUGUCCAGGCCUUCCUUUUAUUAAUGUGGGGCCAGAUAGGGGCUUUGGAAGGACCCAAAGGACCAUCAUGAGGCUGAGUUAUCCCAGAGCCCCAGAACAUAGAUAGAUGGGCCCAUUUGUCCCUUACUCUCUGUUCAUAGCCAUGUCCUCCCACUCUGCUCCUUCUCUAGACUUCACUUCACACUUACUCUUCUCAACCUUACACAAGAAUGUAUCCUCUCCUUGGCCCUCCCAGUCUUCUCCUGCUUCCACCUCUCUGCCAGGCUCUAUCCCUUCCCAGUCCAGGGCAGGCCCAUGCUAUUGGUGCUUCUUCACUUCGGGACCCAGAUCCAUAUUUGUCUUUAGUCCUCUUCAUAACACCUCUUUCAGUCCCUCUCUGGACCCCAAGGUCUGAGAGUACUAACUGGGUAAGGAAUACUUGCCUCUUACCUAUCUCAAAACAUAUCAAUUUGUCUUGGCCUUAGGGUUGCUCAGGGAAGGACGAAGAGGGACAAAUCCAAUCAUUUUCCAAUCCUGACCCACUUAGCAUCCCAAAGGUGAAUGUGUCCUGUGCCAAUCUCUCCUUGGAACUGAGUCAACCCCCUUAAACCUCCUCAUUCCCCUCAAUGCCAUCCAUAGUAAUGUGCAUUACUGGCAUCCUUGGGGUUUAGGACCUUUGACUUAGGGCCAGUCAUUUCCUGUUUGGGUCAGAAUUUUCCCCACAUAAUGGGGGCUGUGAGAUUUACAUCCCAAGAUUCUCCAGAGUUCUUCAGUAAAAGAAUUAGAUCUUUCUUUCUUUUUAAAAGAUUUUUGAGAAAGAAUUUGAGGAGGGAAGAAAAGAGGGUUGAGAAUGUUCCUAAGUCUGAAACUCGUGUCUCUGUCCUGAGAUGUCCCAUGGUUACUCAAGAACAAGGUGGGACAAUUUUGUCCACAGUUCCAGAGGCACAGAGAACAAAGGGGUGACUUUCAUUUUUCUUCAAGCCAGCCCCUGUGGGGGUCUGUGAGCAGCUUCUACUGGAACUUUAUUUGGAUUCUGUGUCUGUAUUUAUAAUUUAUUUGAGAUGUGAUGGAUAAAGUAUUCUCAUUUGGGGGCUGAAGUUAGCAACUGGCCCUUCAGACAGGGCAAAUGGUGAGGAAAUUCACUCCUGCCAAGAAGUCCCAGCCCAGAAUUCCUUGGGGCAGAGGUUUUUCCCUCCUCUUCGGGAGGCUGGAUGAUUCUCAGCCAAGAACCUUGAUUUAGGCUGUGGCCUCUCUGCAUGGCCACUUUUAGAGGAAAGGCCAGUUUACCUCAUUACCUCCAGAGGGCUGGUCUGGGAAAAGUACCAAGGGCAGGGCUGUCCUCAUAGGACUCAUGUCCCCUUCAACCAGGGCUGGUAUCACUGCUUUGCGUAGUGAGGCCGGAAGUAGGAAAAGGUGUCUGAUUUCUUCAGUAGCUGCAGGUGGCUAACAGGCUGGGCACUCGCCCUUUGCCCUGAUAGAUUCUGACCCUGCCAGGUUCCCACCUAGGAUUUUCCUUUCCUCCAUGUGAGUUUCUUUGAACAUCAUGGUCACAGGUCUCCUACUUUCAGGAUUGCAGAUCAGGGGUGGGGGGAGAAUGUUGCAUGUUGUUUUCUGGUGCUUGUUAUUACAUAUUUGAAUAAACAGUGCUGCAAGCAUUUGCCAUGGA